AUGGAGGCUACCUCCUCACAGGUGCCACCCGGGAUGAAGAGAGGCAUGGAGUUCAACAAACCAGAUCGCCCCGUCCCGCGCGGCAUCGUGAGCCUCGCCGCCAUCCAGCAGGGCAUCGACGAGUUCGACCUGGGAGGCCCCAGCGACGACGACGACGACGACAAGGAGGAGGAGGAAGAAAACGCGUCGACCAAGAAGAAGCAGGAGGAACGUAGGGACCCGACGAGGGCGGCGCGGCCACCCGUGCCCGACUUCCACAAGCGGGUGCCCAAACCCGGCGUUCAGUGGCCCUUUGAGCUGGACACGUUUCAGAAGCAGGCGAUCCUGCGGCUGGAGAACCACGAGUCGGUGUUCGUAGCGGCGCACACGUCGGCCGGCAAGACGGUGGUGGCCGAGUACGCCAUCGCGCUGUCGCAGCGCAACAUGACGCGGACCAUCUACACGUCGCCAAUCAAGGCGCUGUCCAACCAGAAGUUCCGCGACUUCAAGGCGACGUUCAAGGACGUGGGGCUCCUCACGGGAGACGUGCAGCUGCACCCCGAGGCCUCCUGCCUCAUCAUGACCACCGAGAUCCUGCGCUCCAUGCUGUACAAUGGCUCGGACGUGAUCCGCGACCUGGAGUGGGUGAUCUUUGAUGAGGUUCACUACGUUAACGACGCUGAGAGAGGCGUGGUGUGGGAGGAAGUGCUCAUCAUGCUGCCGGAACAUGUCAACCUCAUCCUGCUGAGCGCCACCGUCCCCAACACGCUGGAGUUUGCCGAUUGGAUCGGCCGCACCAAGCGCAAGAAGGUUUACGUGGUGAGCACGGCCAAGCGGCCGGUGCCCCUGGAGCACUUCCUGUACACGGGCAACAGCCAGAAGACGCAGGGGGAGCUCUUCCUGCUGCUCAACUCGGCGGGGACGUUCGCGACGCGGGCACACGCGGACGCCGUCGAGGCGAAGCGCGAGCGCACGAGCAAGCACGCGCAGAGCUUCGGGGCCAAGCAGCCCGUGCAAGGCGGCGGGCCCAAGCAGGACAAGGGCGUGUGGCUGUCGCUGCUGGACAGCCUGCGGCGGCGGGACCAGCUGCCCGUGGUGGCGUUCACGUUCUCGCGCAACCGCUGCGACGAGACGGCGUCGGGCCUCACCACGCUGGCGCUCACCACCGCCGCCGAGCAGAGCGAGAUCCACGUCUUCUUCCGCAAGUGCAUCUCCCGCCUCAAGGGCACCGACCGCAGCCUGCCGCAGGUGCUGCAGAUGGAGAUGCUGCUGAAGAGAGGCGUCGGAGUGCAUCACAGCGGCAUCCUGCCCAUCCUCAAGGAGGUGGUGGAGAUGCUGUUCUCGCGGGGACUCGUCAAGGUGCUGUUCGCCACGGAGACGUUUGCGAUGGGCGUGAACAUGCCGGCCCGCACCGUGGUCUUCGACUCGAUCCGCAAGCACGACGGCACCAACUUCCGAGACCUCUCCCCGGGAGAGUACAUCCAGAUGGCGGGGCGCGCGGGCAGACGCGGACUCGACACCACGGGCAUGGUGAUCAUCCUGUGCAAGAUGGGCGUGCCGGAGAUGUCCGACCUGCACAAGAUGAUGCUGGGCAAGCCCACGAAGUUGGAGUCUCAGUUCCGCCUCACGUACACCAUGAUCCUGAACCUGCUGCGCGUGGAGGCGAUCCGCGUGGAGGACAUGAUGAAGAGGAGCUUCUCCGAGUUCCACACGCGCAAGGACGCCAAGGAGCACGAGCACAGGGUGCGGCACCUCUCCGCGCGUCUCUCUGGGAUGGCGGAGGCCGACUGCUCGGGCCAGCUGUCGGACCUGCCCGAGUACCACGCUUGCGCCCGCCAGUUCGUGGAGCUGCGCUGCGAGGCGCUGCGCGGCGCCGCCGCCACCCCCGCCGGCGCCCGCGCCCUCUUGCCGGGCCGCGUGGUGGUCGCCAACUCGUCCCGCGCGCCCAACUCGCUCGCCGUGCUGCUGCAGGUGUCCACGGAGGCCGGCGGUUCGAGAUCGUACACAGCGCUCGUGCUCUGCGAGCAGAAGCUGGCGGCCGAGGGAGGGGGGGCAGCCCCCCCCCGCCCUCCUCCGCCCCCUCCGGCGCCGACUCCGGACCACCUGCUGGCCACCAAAGUGUUCGUGCCCGAAGGGGCGUGCAGUCACUCGGUGGAGAAGCUGCGAAUCGACGACAUCGUCGUGAUCGCCGACCGCGCGCUGAAGAUCAGCCCCGAGAAAAUCAUCGACGACUUCAACAAGAGGCAGAUCCCGCGAUUCAGGAGCGACCCGCCCGGCCAGUCGGUAACCACGGCGACGCAGGAGCUGAUGCGUUUGGCGGAGGCGGCGGCUGCCGGUGGCGGCGGCAGUGGGGCCCUGAGGCCCCUGGACCCCGUGAACGACCUCCACGCCAAGGAGGCCGGCGCGGUGGAGGCGAGCAUGCGGGCACGCGUCCUCGCUGAGAGGAUCCCGCACUUCACCUGCACGGCCAGCCCCAAGUUCCAGUCGCAGUACGCUCGCAUGGAGGAGCGGUCGCGCGUUGAGAGGGAGCUCUCGCAUGUCAAGUUCCUCAUGUCCGACCAGAGCCUGCACCUCCUGCCCGAGUACCACCAGCGCAUCCAGGUGCUGAAGCAGCUGGGCUACCUGGACGAGUCGUGCGCCGUGCAGCUCAAGGGCCGCGUGGCGUGCGAGGUGAGCAGCCACGAGCUGCUCGUCACCGAGCUCGUGUUUGAGAACGCGCUGUCCGAGCUGGCGCCGGAGGAGAUUGCCGCGCUGCUCUCUUGCCUCGUGUUCCAGCAGAAGACGCGCACGGAGCCCACGCUCACGCCCACACUCAAGCAGGGCGUGGAGCGAAUCCGCGGCGUGGCGGAACGCAUCGCCCUGCUGCAGCGUGAGUGUGGCAUCUCGGAGUCGGUGGAGGAUUUUGUGGAUCAGUACAAGUUCGGCCUGGUCGAGGUCGUGUACGAGUGGGCCCGCGGCAUGCCGUUUGCGGAGAUUGCGCGGCUCACGGACGUGCAGGAGGGGGUGGUGGUGCGCUGCGUCCAGCGGCUGCAUGAGGCGUGCCGGGACGUGCGGGGAGCGGCGCGCGUCAUCGGGGAUCCCAUCCUGCGCGACAAGAUGGAGCGGGCGUCGGACGCCAUCAAGCGCGAUAUCGUGUUCGCCGCCAGCCUCUACACGCAGUGACCCUGCGUUGCUGCUGCUGCUGCCACCGCCGUUGCAUCAUGUAUCAUAUUCCCCCAACCACACAUCCCACUUUCUCCAACUUUUGCAUUUCAUCUGAAUUUGUUUUGCCCUUAUUCUUUCCAGAUGAUGCGAUGGUGCGGACGCCGCGCUUAUUGUCUUGAGAUAUGGUCCACAUUUGGACGCUUUACAAAUAUGUAAUUGUCUGUAAAUGUUCGCGGCUUUGCGCUUUUUGACUGCCGCCAUCAUCGCCCGUCCCCUCUGAGGGCCGCCGGGCUGCUCGUACACAGAUGCCCCCCCCCCCCGACCUGCCUGUGUAUGCCAGUGGCGUAGCGUGGGUUGGCACGGCCCUUGGUGCAAAGGACUGAAAAUGUGCCUCUCGUGUCUACCGCGGUAAACACGCAACGUUGGGUCGACGUCGGCCCAACGUUCUGCGUUCCAUGGUGGGGCGCCUCGGUGGCGAGAUGUUAACUACCUCACCUCGUAUACAGGCAUAGGUGGAGCCAGUGGGGGAGGGGGGGGGUGGCACGUGCCCUCCCAAUGAUCCGAUCGAAAUCUCUAAUUUCGAUCGGAUCAUUGGGGUUUAUUAGUAAUAAAUUGGCAUUUUGCAACCCUCACUGCCACUGUGUAGCAUAUUAUUAUGUGCCAGGGAUGAGAGGACAAUAAUCUGAGUCCAUAAUUGGCAAUAAGUAACGGCAAAGCAGUUAUAAGUGACUCAGAAUUGUGCACAGUUGCGACUACAAUCCACGACUUCCCUGAAGGCAUUCACCUUCAGCGAGCGCGAUGCCAAUCACACAACGCGGUUAAAACUCGACCGAUGGUUGCGCCAUCGCCGCACACGCCUCGAAUGAAAAGCAAGGAACAAGUCCUUACAACUCCUAUAAUUUUUCAUUUCUGGAGGGGUUACCCCCUCCUACCUGAAAAUCCUGGCUCCACCAUUGUAUACAGGAGGUCGUGGGUUCAAUCCCGACCUUGACGCCUGUGUGUAUGUGUUCUCCCCGUGGUCGCAUGUAUUUUUCUCCGGUUCCUCCGUUUUUUUUUCCCCUCCACAUUUUUAGAAUGAACACGCGUCUCGAGUAUUUGGCUGCUAGACAUUUCCACGCGACAAGCCACUUCGUUGAGCUGUCAUUUGUGGCCAGGUCACUUCUGAAAAAUAAGUAUAUCGCUCAGUGGGCCUUACCUGGUAAAAUAAAAAAUAGUUUAGUGUUUACUGCGUCAUUUCUCCCCCCCCUCUCUGCUUAGGCCGGUGUCUGGGCCUCUCCCGCCUGUGGGGGGGGGCCCUGGUUUAGAUGUACAGCCUGGCACACUCGAUAGCUACGCCACUGAUGUACUUACUGCACCCUGACAGCACUUGGUAUGCGCAGUGUGCCUUAUUGUAUUUGCAGUCGAGGCUUGCUGAAGAAGGUAAUAAACCACACUGCAAAUGGG